GAUGGUGAAGGAGGAGAGUGAAGAACUGAGUGAGGAUGAGGAGAAACAUCAUGUCAAAAGUGAAACCAAAACUGAAUCAAAGACUAAACAUGGUGUUUCAGUGGAAAGAUCGGUCGUGAAAGGUUUGACCUGCACUCAGUGUGGAACGAGUUUAGGCUCUAAAUACGAUCUCAAGCAUCACAUGGUGAUUCACGCUGGAGAGAGACCACACAAAUGUGAUCAGUGCAGCAAAACAUUUUUGAGGCCUUCAGAGCUGAAGAGACAUCUUGGCGUUCAUACAACGGAGAGGCCUUACUCAUGUUCUGAGUGUGGAAAGAGUUUCAGACGACGGACAGAUUUAUCACAACAUAAGAAAAUCCACACUGGUGUGAGAGAGUUUGUCUGCUUUGAGUGUAAGAAGACGUUUACUAGACCUGAAUACUUGAAAAUACACAAGAAGAUUCACACUGGAGAGAAACCUUUUGAGUGUUCACACUGCAACAAGAGAUUCAGACUGGCUGGUAUUCUUAAAUAUCACAAAAUGAUUCACACUGGGGAGAAACCGUUCACAUGUACUCAGUGUGGGAAAGGUUUCACACAAAUAUCAAACCUUAAUGAGCACAUGAUGCUCCACACUGGCGAGAGACCACACAAAUGUGAUCAAUGCGGUAAAACGUUUUCGAGGCCUGCAGACCUGAAGAGACAUCUUACAGGUCACACAAACGAGAAGCCUUAUUCAUGCUCUGAGUGUGGAAAGAGUUUUACACAGAAAUCACAUUUAAAAGGCCAUCAGAAGAUCCACACUGGUGUGAGAGAGUCUGUGUGCUUUGACUGUGGGAAGAGUUUUAUGAAAGCUACAGACUUGCGACGACACCAGAUGAUCCACACUGGAGAGAAGCCGUACGUGUGUUCACACUGCAACAAAGCAUUCAGAGAUUCAGGAUACCUGAAAACACAUGAGAGGAUUCACACCGGAGAGAAACCAUUCACAUGUACUCAGUGUGGGAAGAAAUUCACACGAUCUUCCUCUCUUACUGAACACAUACUGACCCACACUGGAGAGAAAACACACAGAUGUGAUCACUGCGGCAAAGUAUUUUUGAGAGUUUCAGAGCUGAAGAGACAUCUUAGACUUCAUACAAAGGAGAAGCCAUAUUCAUUAAGAGAGAGUUUUACACCUUAAUGAAAUGUAUCUUCCUGAAAACUCUUUAUAUUAACACCAGAUUUCUCAGUUAAACAGACCCUGUUAUACAUUAUAAAAGGUCCUAUUUUGGUUUUGGGGUCUCCAACAACAGGCUGAUGUGAACGCAAGCUCAAAGAACACUGUUAUUGUCUUAUAAUAUGCAUUUAUUUUUACAUAAUGAUCCCAACGACUCCCAUAUAAGUUUGUUAAGCGACGUUCAGCAAGAAACUAAAAAGAAACUCCCACCACGGCUUAUCAAAAGUGAGAGACCGCAUGUGAUCGAUGUGUGGGGUUUUACAGGUCGGCUUUUAAGCUGAGCAUCUCAGAAGAUCUGUGUUUGUGCAUUAAGUGUGUGAAGGCUAUUAUUGAAGCUCAAGAACUGAAACUGCAGGAGAGGAUUCAGACUGAAGAGAAACCGUAGAGUUUUGGCCACUCGUCUAGUCUACUCAGACACGCAAACACAAUCAGUUUGUGUAAAACUCUUCACCAGCUUUAGGAUGAAGAAACAUCAUCUAAAGUUAUGACAGCAGCUUCAUUGUGGGAUUCAGAUCAGCUUAUAGAUGGAGUUCCUCACCAAGCAACAUUAUCUGAAGCUUUUAUUAUUGUCGUCGUCUGCCAUUUUGCCUCCUGCAGAGUUGGGUGUACGGCAUCCCACAGUAAUGAGUUACUGUAUUCUAAUGACAUUUUUGGGGGACGCAGUAAUGUAAUGAGUUACAUUUUAAAUGUGUGUGAUUUGAUUACAGUUACUAAAGGCUGUGUAAUUGCGUUGCUUACAUUACAAAUAUAGAACCUAGAAGACAAAAUGCUUCUUUUAAAUCACGUUUUCUGCUGCAACAUCAGUUAAUGAGCAUUCGCUAUUAAAUUGCAAGAGAAUGUGAGCUGAAAUGGCGGCUGUCAACAGUAGCUGCUUCUCCAAGUGGAAAUACAGACGUUACUUUGAUUUCAUUGAGUGUAAAAGCUAAAAUAUUGCUGUGAAAGUCAGUCCAUGUCCAGUCUCUAAAAAACUUUCCACUGCUUUUAACUGGACCAGCAACUUGUUCAAGCACUUGAACAGAAAGCAUUCUACGACAAUACUUUCACCAAGCAGGACACCGGCGCGCAAAAACACAUCAGCCCAACUCUGCCUAAACAGGCUAAAUUGGAUUUUUGUGCAGGAUCGGGAGUGAAGGUAUCUUCUGAAUGAGAAGAGAAUACCUCAGACAAACACAGAACCACCAAACACCGCAGUGAUUUUCAUACUAUGUAUGUCAGUGUGUCCAGAUUUCUUCAUGUGUUUUUUUGUGUUAAAAAAGACGAACAGGUUUGGAGCGAGUGAAUGAUGAGAGAAUUGUAAGUUUUGGGUGAACUAUCUCUUUAAGUCUUGUGAAUAUGUCGAGCUGAUGUGAUCAACCCACUGUAAUGUUUUUCAGUGGAUAUUAAAUUACUGAAAGAGC